AUGACUAGUGACAAGCCAGGGAAGGGUCCCAACUGCAUGACAGUGGGCCUCAGUGCAAAGGACAAGGAUCGGGGCCAUUGCAACAAUUCCCACAACUACAGCAUGAGUUUCCAUGUGGUGAUUGGCUUGAGUGCCAAGGAAGACCAAUAUAGCCUCAAUUUCCACAACUGCUGUAGCUUGAUGCUGGGGUAGGAGCAGCCAUUGGACAUCACGGUAAUGGUCCAGGAGAAAAACCUUGAGGGCUUCCUGCAGGUGGUGGAAAUUCCUUUCAAGCUGUCUAUGGUCAUGUCUGCCUGCUUCCUGGCUGCUGGCUUCUUCUGGGCAUCUGUCUUCUGCAAGAACACAUACAACGUCUUCAAGAUCCACUGACUCAUGGCCCUGGCUUUCACCAAGAGUGUCUCGCUCCUCUUCCACAGUAUCGACUACUGCUUUAUCAACAGCCAGGGCCACCCCAUCAACGGCCUCACUGUCAUGCACUACAUCACACACAACAGUGACCUCUGCCGGGCAGGUGGCAGGCACUUCAUCACCAUUGCCUUGAUCAGUUCCAGCUGGUCCCUUGUCAAGUAUGUUCUGUUCAGCAAGAAGAUCUUUGGGAUUAUGAUCCUGAAACAGGUGCUGGCCAACAUGGCCUGCAUCAUCAAGUCCGGUGAGGAGGGCGUCAGCGACUAUGGGCUUCUCUUUCUGGUGGAUCGUAUCUGUUGCGAUGCCAUCCUCUUGCCUGUGGGCCAUCGACAUCUUCAGGGUGUAUUUGGCACUGACGGGAAGGUGGCAGUGAACCUGGCCAGACUGAAGCUGUUUUAG